GAAACAAUUUUUUUUUUUGAAAAUAUUUUUAAAAUGGGUACACUUCAUGGCGAGAAAACUAUGUUCGCUUCGCCAAACACCUUCUAUAUCGAUGAAUCGAAGUUAUGCUUUAAUAAGACCCAUUUCAAUCGAGAAGAUUUUAAUGUGGAACGAUUUAUGAACUUGGCAAGGCAAAAAUCUGAUCUCAAAACAAUUCAGCAGGAUCUACGCCUCUACUUGAAAAGUGUUCAAAAUUCAAUGAUCGAGCUUAUCAACGAUGAUUAUGCGGAUUUUGUCCAUUUAUCGUCAAACUUGGUCAGCCUCCAAGACUCACUAAAUAAAAUCGAACAAGAUAUCAAUAGAAUAUGGGAUGAAUUCAAGGAGUCGACAAGAGAAUCUGUUGGUAUGGCUGAAAGAAUCGAGCAAAAAUGUGAUGAGCUUUGCUCAAAUCGAGAAAAACAAAUUGAAAUUCGGGAUCGCAUUUAUUUUCUAGUUGCCAUAGAAAAGCUAUCAGAAAUGUUAUUGCAUCCUCCUCGAAAAUGCUCUGCUUUGUGGUUACAAAAGGCAGCGUCCUUCGCAUCAGAGCUGAAGGGUUCCACGUUUCCCCAUUCGGAAGAGGAAAAUGCCGCUGAAAAGAUAAUUCUAUCUCAGCUGGAAGCGGUUCUCUGUGCAGAAGGAGUUCGAAGUGCCGCCGGUGAUUGUCAAAAUCUUCCUCUCAUUUAUUCAAUUUUAUCGUUAACGGAGAGUACGCAUUCACUAACUGCCCUCUUGGUUUCUGAUCUUUUGUAUGCCGAAUUUGUAAAUGAGAAACACGACGAAAGUAAUCAGUUGAAACUCUUGAAACAAGUCUUCGAAAGCGUCAAAAAAAUGCGUGAAACUUGGGCUGAAAAAAUGGGGACUGAACAUUUUCGUGGAAACAUCCGCCGUUUUCUGGACGAAACCCUUCUCACGUUCAUUCUGACAUUUAUUGAUAAGUGUAUGGGAGCCGUCGCAGUCCCAAGUGACACACGACUUUUCCAUGAAUGUUUCUUGCUCACUCAAGAAUUUAUCGAUAAUUGGCCAUCUUCUCAUACCUGCCGUGCAAUGCUUAAGUCGAUCAGGGAUAAAUUCAAUUUAUUAGUUUAUUUUAAAUUAGAAACACAUCGAUUCGGAAAACAGUGCGAUCAGCUGAUGUCUCCCGAAAUGUUUGCCGAGCCAGAAACUUCUGAAAAUCGAGAAAACACUCCUCAGCUGCACUGCGGAGUUUCAAGAGCAAUUAUAACAGCAAUUGAGCAUGUGUGGAGUGAUGAUGUGUAUCUUCCUCCUAUUGUUGAUAAAUUAUGGGAUUUCACAUUGAAGCUUUUGCUAAAGCAUUUCUCGUGGAGUCAAACUAUGAAAAAUUAUUUCAUGGAAGAAAAAAGAGAUUGGACUUCAAUGGUUACUCUCCGCUCGGAUACUGGAAAUCUUCAUCAAUUGGUUUUCGAUUUCGCGUUGGAGUCAAUUUGGGGAAAAUUUCAUGAUAUCACAGUGGAUACCGCUCCAUUCGGUCAAUGCCUAACAAAGCAUGGUCGAUCAAUUGAUAGUCUUUGUGUUCAAAUUGAUGAUAGUAUUAUUGAAAUGUUCUCCGAAGUUCUUCAUCAAGAAAUUGCUCAAGUUUCCGAUGUUCCUAAACAAUACAGAUGGACGAAGAAAUCACCACCGACAACGCAUUCCAAAUAUGUUGUUACAGCUAUUGAAAUGGUUGAGAAUUUGAAAGAAAAACUAUGCUGCGAAGAACAUCCUCACACCGAUGAAAUUGUUCGAAAAGUUAAUCUUUCAGCAUUCAAUUAUUUCGUGGGGAAAGGGAACGAGGUGCUGGAUAGUGUCGAAGCUACAGGAUCUUCUUUAUCCCGAUUCAAACGGAAAACCACAACUGAUUCUGGCUCCACGGUUACUGAUGACGAUAAAAUCAAACAACAAAUCUAUCAUGAUGCUAAAUAUUUCCUGAGCUAUGCGGAAAAUCUUGUAUUCUCACAAGCUGAUCUCACCGGAUUACAAGAAGUCGUCAAUCGAUUUGACAAAGAUGCACGUUCGGCGAUUGUACAAGAGAAAAAUCAGAACGAAGAAGCGGGGAAUGCUUGAAUUAAUUUUAUGUGAUUAUUUAUUUACAUGUACAUUUUAUUUUAACAAAUGGGUUGAAGUCUUUAAAAUCGUCUAUUGCCUUAAUAUGGGUUCAUGGUAUUGGAAUAAAAAGUGUAUAGCAUCGUA